AUGUCAGAUGAAAAUUUUAAAGAGUAUUGGUACUUGCUUUUGGAAGCUUCUUCGGGAGACUCCAAGAGUCAAGUCAGAUGUAAAAUAAACGUCAUUGAAGAGAGAGGUGUAAUUGUUAAGGUCAUUGAAGAGAGAGGUGUAAUUGUUAAAGUCAUUGAAGAGAGAGGUGUAAUUGUUAAGGUCAUUGAAGAGAGUGGUGUAAUUGGAACCCAGAUAAGUGAUGACGAUUAUUUUGGGCUAAGUGAUCCCAACACUCACUACACUUAUAAGGUUUCACGAGCCCUUGUACCCCCUUCAAAAAAAAUCGUAAUAGACAAUCCGCAUUGUCCACGAACUUGGGAUGGCUGGCAUUGCUGGUCAGAUACGCCAGGUGGGAAAACGGCAAGAUCUGUUUGUCCUGAUCAUGUCUACUUUAAGAGCGACCCUCCGAAAUGCCCUAGAUAUGCAGAAAAAGUAUGUUGGCCUAAUGGUACGUGGUUUGUUAAUAACCAGAACAAUGAGUGGACAGACUAUUUGAAGUGUGGGAUCGUGAAGGAUCUCCAGAACCGGUUGUACUUUCAAGUGGCAACCUUCGCCGUUUCUAUCUUCUUACUGCUUCCUGCUUUGGUGAUAUUUUCUGUAUACAAACAACUCCAAGUGCACCGAAUCACAAUGCACAAGCACCUUUUUAUGGCCCUCUUGCUGAAUGGUGUCUUCGUCAUCACCUUUACCUCUGUGGUUUUAAUGGAAGAGGUCGGGAAUAAUCAAUCCUUAUUGAAACAGAAUGGGGUAAUUUGCAAGAUAUUGUUGAUACUGAAGAGUUAUUUCCGAAUGACAACCUACAUGUGGAUGUUAUGUGAAGGAUUCUAUCUACACAAACUCAUAGCUUCAGCCUUCGCUGAACAGAAAAAUCUUCUCAUGUUUUACAUCAUUGGAUGGGUGUUUCCUGUACUGCCAGUAAGCAUAUAUUCCGUUAUACGCAAAACCUUGGCGGACGAAAGUUGCUGGGCCAUACCUGAAGAAACGUACGAAUGGAUUUUGAAUACACCAAAUCUACUAAGUCUGUUGUUAAACCUGGCCUUUCUCUGUAAUAUCAUCCGGGUCCUUGUGACAAAACUACGAGCACCACACACUAACGAACCAAGCCAGUUCAGGAAGACAGUCCGUGCUACAUUGGUUCUGAUCCCCUUGUUUGGUCUCCACUUUACCCUAGUGAUCUACAGACCUGCUGGAGGGAGCUGUGGCUGGAUCGAGGCAUAUUUCUACUUCAGUUAUGCCAUGGACGGUUUGCAGGGAUGUUUAGUAGCCCUGAUAUUUUGCUACUUGAAUGGAGAGGUUCGACAUCUAUUGAAGAGAUCCUAUCGCCACUUCAAGCUUAACCGAACACUGGGAGAAACAUACAACUCAAACAGGAAACCUCGGUUUUCCAUGUCCAUGCAGGCUACAUCUGUCACUGAUGGCGGAAAAUCUAUGGUCCUCUCCAUGAACAGCUGUGCUGCUAUUCCAUUGAAAAAUAAACCCAAUUUGUAAUUCCAAUGAAAUUGGAAGAAACGUGACGGUUCGUGAAGUCUUCUUCGUACUUACUCUUGGUGUAAGGUCAACUCACUUAAAAAAUGUCGUUUUUAAUGUCAACUUUUGUGAAAUCGUGAUCGAUAUGUGACAUUUUAUUCUAUGGUCACUAUGAUUAUUAUAAAUCUAAAGUUCCUGGCGAUAUCUGUAAUAUUUGAGUGGCGCCGUUAUCGAAAUAGUUAUCGAUUUGUGUUAACACUUUACCGUCUUAUAUGAUAUUAGUUAACGGAUGAUAUGACUCGUGAUCUUACAUCUAGUCUAUUGUGUUACAUUGGGAACUCGC